CUGACCCGGCCACUGCUCUCGGAUCAGCUGGCAGCAGCCUGCAGACUUCAGACGUCAGUCAGUGUUGUGUAGAGUCAGGAGAGUUGACAGCGGUUUAAUGAACGAGCACACAGCGUGACUGACUGACGUGAACGAGGAAAAGUCUAGAAAUGGACGCCAUGAGUGGAAGACGACGAAGCUAAUUGGAUAAUAAAGCAUUGUCUCGAACGUAUGAACCUACAGUGCCAUUUUCUACCUUUUGCUGCCAUUUCUACAUCGUGGACAACAUUUUACAUGAUGAAGUUUAAGCCCAACCAGACCAGGACGUAUGACGGCGAAGGCUUCAAAAGACGAGCGGCGUGUUUGUGUUUUAAAAAUGAGACCGAAGAUGAAGUGCUACUGGUGAGCAGCAGCCGACAUCCAGACCAAUGGAUUGUUCCUGGGGGAGGAAUGGAGCCUGAGGAGGAGCCCUGUGGGGCGGCUGUUAGAGAGGUGUAUGAGGAGGCUGGGGUGAAGGGAAAGCUUGGCAGACUACUUGGGAUUUUCGAGCACAACCAAGACAGCAAGCACAGGACUUAUGUUUACAUCCUCAUUGUGACAGAGAUACUGGAAGACUGGGAGGAUGCUGUCAACAUAGGAAGGAAACGUAAGUGGUUCAAGGUUGACGAAGCCAUCCGGGUGCUGCAGAGCCACAGGCCUGUCCAUGCAGAAUACCUGCACAGAUUCAAGAACACCCGCAAUCCCACCUGCGGUCCGGUGUGUCACCCAAGUAACGGCAACACCCUGGGCUCCCAAGUGAUGGACAACAACACCUCUCACUACGCUGUCCGCGCCAAACAAGCCUCAGAUCUCGUCAACCGAUAGAGAACUCUUGCUGGACUCCGAGAUGGACUUACCUUAAACACACUGUUACCUACGUUACUUGUACAGACUCUUGACAUUUAAGCUAUGGAGUUCAAACUCCCCUGACAUUGAUUGGAAACCCAUUUGGCUUGGAGAGUGCUAAAUGUUUUCCGGUAGUAUUGUUUAUUUUUGUAGUAACCAUCACCAGCUGUUUAAGCAAAUGAGUCGAUUCAAAAGCUUUCUGGUUCAUUUUUAGAGGGCCGCUCCUCAAACUUGAAGGUUAUUUCUAAUUAUUUCACAAUGAGUAAUAUUUGAUUGUUGGUGCAGCCAUAGCAAGGCGAGUGCUGACUCUUGGAGAAGUCCAAUCCUCAAAGUGCCUUAAUGACAAAGCUAAAUCUUUACCAUUUGCAAGAUGUUUUGAAAGAGUAGCUCAUGUGCAUGGAUGAAUACUGACUUAUUUAUACGUAGGGUGCAAAGGUACCUCAUAGUUAUACUUCGGUACGCUCCUCAUGUUUAAGGGAAUGGUUUUCGAAGUUUUUUUCUAAAUUUUACCCAUCACGCAAUAUCCCUAAAAAAAGCUUCAAAGUGCCUGAUUUUAACCAUCGUUAUAUACACCCGUCCAUUUUCCUGUGACGUCACAUAGUGAUGCCAACUCAAACAAACAUGGCGCAUAGAACAGCAAGCUAUAGCGACAUUAGCUCGGAUUCAGACUCGGAUUUCAGCGGCUUAAGCGAUUCAACAGAUUACGCAUGUAUUGAAACGGAUGGUUGUAGUGUGGAGGCAGGUAGCGAAAACGAAAUUGAAGAAGAAACUGAAGCUAUUGAGCCAUAUCGGUUUGAACCGUAUGCAAGCAAAACCGACGAAAACGACACGACAGCCAGCGACACGGGAGAAAGCGAGGACGAAUUCGGCGAUCGCCUUCUAACCAACGAUUGGUAUGUGUAUGUUUGGCAUUAAAGGAAACUAACAACUAUGAACUAGGUUUACAGCAUAUGAAAUACAUUUGGCAACAACAUGCACUUUGAGAGUGCAGACAGCCCAAUUUUCAUCAAUUAAUAUAUUCUGUAGACAUACCCUCAUCCGCGCUCUUUUCCUGAAGCUGAUCUGUCCAGUUUUGGAGUUGAUGUCAGCAGGCCAGGGAAGCUAGGGUCGAUAUUCUUCUCUUGAUCAUCUUCGGUGGCAUAAGGGACGGUGUGAGCCAAGACAUCCAGGGGGUUUAGCUCGCUCGUCUGCGGGAACAAACUGCCGCCAUUGCUUGCCGUGCUACCGAGGUCUUUUGUCCCUGAAUUGCUCCCACACUCCGGCAGA